AUGCAUGGCCCACGCAAACUGGAAGUGGUGGAGGUGCAGUCCCGGCAAGUAACUGUCCGCUGGGAGCCGGUGGGGUACAACGUGACGCGCUGCCACACUUACAACCUGACCGCGCAGUACCGCUCCAGGCCUGCGGGGGGCAAAGAGGAGGCCCGAGAGGAGAUCUGUUACGACACGCAGAGCAGGAACCCGCAGCACACCAUCCACAACCUCACGCCCUUCACCAACCUCAGCGUCAAACUUGUGCUCAGCAACUUGGAGGGGGUGAAGGAGAGUGCGGAGCUGGAGGUGCAGACGGAUGAGGACGUGCCCAGUGCCAUCCCGCUGGAGUCCAUUCAGGGCAGUGCGUACGAAGAGAAGAUCAUCCUAAAGUGGAGGGAGCCAUCGCAGACCUAUGGCAUCAUCACACAAUAUGAGAUCUCUUACAAGGCGGUGAGCUCGUUUGACCCGGAGCUGGACCUCUCCAACCAGAGCGGCAAAGUGGUGAAGCAGGUCAACGAGAGCGCCCACACGUUCACCGGCCUAGACCCCGGCUGCACCUACUCCUUCACUCUGCGCGCCAGCACAGCCAAAGGCUACGGGCCCCCGGUCAUCACACAGUUCACCACCAAGAUCUCAGCUCCCUCCAUGCCGGCCUAUGACCAGGAGACCUCUCUGAACCAGACAGACACUACGGUUACUGUGCUGCUGAAGCCGGCCCAGAGCAGAGGUGCACCUGUGAGUGCAUAUCAGGUGGUGGUGGAGGAGGAGCGCCCGCGUAGAGCUCGAGGCACAGCCGAGAUCCUGCGUUGUUACCCGGUGCCCAUCCACUUCCAGAACGCCUCCUCGCUCAACUCGCAGUACUAUUUCACCGCACAGUUCCCUGCUGGGGGCAUCCAUGCGCCACAGCCCUUCACCGUGGGGGACAACAAAACAUACAACGGUUACUGGAACCAUCCGCUCCUCCCACAGAAAAGCUACAGCAUCUACUACCAGGCCGUCAGCACUGCCAACGGGGAGACCAAAAUCGACUGUGUUCGUGUCGCCACCAAAGCUGCCAUCCUAGUGACCCAGCUCACCACGCCCUACCUGCGGAUCGCCCCAGCUGCGGGAGACAGCCAACACGCAGGAGCAGCCACGCACAAGCCAGACGCGGUGGAGCCGGAGAAGCAAACGGACCACACGGUGAAGAUUGCUGGGGUCAUCGCGGGGAUCCUCCUCUUCGUAAUCAUCUUCCUCGGGGUCGUGCUGCUCAUGAAAAAGAGGAGAACCUAUCACUCCUACACAUACUACCUGAAACUGGCAAAGAAGCGCAAGGAGACGCUUAACAACACGCGGCAGGAAAUGACGGUGAUGGUGAACUCGAUGGACAAGAGCUACACUGAGCAAGGCACCAACUGUGACGAGGCACUGUCCUUCAUGGAUACCCAUGCCACCCACAGCCUGAACACCACCAGCCACAGCCUGAACACCACCAGCCACAGCCUCAAUGCACGCAGCGAGGCCGCACUCACGCUCAACACGCGCAGCGAAUGUGCACUGACGCUCAACGGGAGAGCAGCGGGCUCCUCUCCCUCUUCCUUCACUCUGCCCAAAGCCAACACCAUGAGCUCUUCCAUGCCCUCGGGAUCGUACUACCCAGAUGAGAGCCAGAACAUGGGCAGUGACACCAGCAGCCUGGUCCAGUCGCACAGUCACUCUCUGCGGAAGCGCGAGCCGGUGGACAUCCCAUACCAGACCGGACAGAGGCAUCCAGCCAUCAGAGUGGCCGACCUGCUCCAGCACAUCACCCAGAUGAAGUGCUCCGAGGGCUACGGCUUCAAAGAAGAGUACGAGAGCUUUUUUGAAGGACAAUCCGCCGCAUGGGACUCUGCCAAGAAGGACGAAAACCGCAUGAAGAAUCGUUACGGCAACAUCAUCGCAUACGAUCACUCGCGCGUCCGGCUGCAGGCUCCGGAGGGCGAACAGGGCUCCGAUUACAUUAAUGCAAAUUACGUUGAUGGGUACCACAGGCCAAACCACUACAUAGCCACACAAGAUUUUAGAAAAAGCUACAUUUAUUAUGUGAAAUUUUGCAUUGUUAGGAGAAUGUAUGUAGGAGGAUUCUGA